GUGUGAUUUCAGUGUCGAAAAUAUAAAAAAAAGAAAAAAGAAAAUCCAAAUGGCACAUGAAGCGAAUCAACCAACCCGAAACAACGAUUUAUAAAAGCACGUUGGAAGAGAAUCAGAGAUCCCAGAUUGGCACAUUAUUUAACGUUGCCACUCCCUUCUAUUUCGGCCCCUCAAACCUUUUCAGACCAAAACCCAAAACAGGAAAAAACGAAACAACAACAACAUCAACAAAAGCGAAAACGCUGUCUAUCUCGCUUCGUUUCGUUCCUCCCAAAUUACAACUCAUCUUCAUCUUCAUCUUCAUCACAACCAUCAAGAGAAACAGAGCCGACAAUAAAAUUUCUCGUUUUCCAAUCCGACGUCGUUUUGGCAUUCCCGUAGCGUCGCCAGCAUGUCGUCCGGCGGCCCCACCACGACUUCCUCGAACACCAGCCCAAGGGUCGCCGCGGGGCCCACCACCACGCGCCGUCGCGUGGCCGACAACGUCAACAACAACGCGGUCGACGCGGAGAAGCAGCUGCAGCACCAGCUGGUAUCCUCCAGUUUCUCCGAUUUCUCAGAGGUGGAGAACGAUGAGAACUCCACCCACGUCCACGCGCACACGCACACUCAUUCCCACGCGCACACGCACGCCCAUCAUCUCCACCUGCACCCUGUGUUGCGCUACAUACUUCUCCGCGCGCGUAUUCUUCUGUUCGUGCCGGAAUCUCUGUUCAUGCGCGUGGAACAGCUUGCUCUCUGGGUGGCGGGGUCGGUGCAGGGUCUCCGGUCGGGGAAACACGUCGGGCGGAAGAUCUUCAUGGCGCUGAUCGGCUUGCUGAUGAUGUCGGUGUUCCUGAAAAUCUCACUGCUCGGAACCGGCGGGGAAACGCACGGAAGUAGAUUCAAGAGCAUCGAAAACGGCCAACUCAUUCUCCAGCGCUUCAAGGAGGAUUGGGCCUACGCGCAACGGAUCGUCACCGAAACCCGAAAUCGACCCUCCAUGCCCAAACGGGUCCUCGAGAGACUCCCGAUUCCAGAUAUAUGGAAGAACCCAAACAGUCAGAACUAUUACCAAUGCGUUUCUCGACCCAAGAAUGUAAUAAAGCCAGCGAAGACAAAUGGAUAUCUUCUUGUUCAUGCCAAUGGUGGAUUGAAUCAAAUGAGAACUGGGAUAUGUGAUAUGGUUGCAGUGACAAAAAUACUGAAUGCCACACUCGUCAUUCCCUCUCUUGACCAUGAUUCGUUUUGGACAGAUCCAAGUGACUUUAAAGAUAUUUUUGACUGGAGGCACUUCAUGAAAGUUUUGAAAGACGACAUUGACAUAGUUGAGUACUUGCCGGUCCAGUAUGCAUCCGUGAAACCUCUUGAGAAGGCCCCUGUUUCCUGGUCUAAGGCUAGUUACUACAGAGGGGAGAUUCUCCCACUGUUGAAGCGACAUAAGGUUGUGCAGUUCACUCACUCUGAUUCCCGGCUCGCCAACAAUGGCCUUGCUUCCUCCAUUCAGAAGCUCAGGUGCCGUGCCAAUUACCAUGCUCUCAAGUACACUGCAGAAAUUGAAGAUCUUGGAAGGAUUUUGGUGGAUAGGCUAAGAAACAACAAUGAACCAUUCAUUGCUCUUCAUUUAAGAUAUGAAAAGGACAUGCUGGCCUUUACUGGGUGCAGUCACAACCUGACUGCUGAGGAGGCUGAGGAACUAAGGAUUAUGAGGUAUGAUGUGAGGCAUUGGAAGGAGAAAGAGAUUGAUAGCGAGGAGAAAAGAUUGCAAGGGGGGUGCCCUAUGUCACCAAGGGAAGCAGCUAUUUUUCUGAGGGCAAUGGGGUACCCUUCCACCACAACAAUCUACAUUGUUGCAGGACCCAUUUAUGGUAGCAAUAGCAUGGAAGCUUUUCAAUCUGAGUUUCCUAAUGUCUUCACUCAUUCUACCCUUGCAACUGAGGAGGAGCUAGAACCCUUCACGCCAUACCAAAACCGUCUUGCUGCUUUGGAUUAUAUAGUGGCCCUUAAAAGUGAUGUCUUCGUGUAUACCUAUGAUGGAAACAUGGCUAAGGCAGUACAAGGUCAUAGGAGGUUUGAAGGGUUUCGGAAAACCAUCAAUCCUGACAGAUUCAAUUUUGUUAGGCUGAUCGAUCAAUUGGAUGAGGGUGGGAUAUCAUGGGAAGCAUUUUCUUCUGAGGUUAAGAAAUUACAUUCCAAUAGGCUAGGUUCGCCUUAUCUUAGACAGGUAGGAGAGUCACCAAGAACAGAGGAGAAUUUUUUCGCCAAUCCCUUUCCUGGUUGUGUGUGUAACAAGUCCGAGGAGCAGAUUACAAUGCAGAAACUAGACCAUCGGUUUGGUGUGGAGGCACGAAGAUAGUGUCUUUGUUUUUGUACAUACGAUAAGGCUAAAAGAAACAGUGUGGUUUCAUCAUGCUGCAUCAUUUGACAUUGCCUUAAAAGUUAAACGGAAGCUCAUGAGAUUUCUCUCUGGUGUGUGUGAAUGUGCUUCCUCUGUCCUCCCAUGUUGAUGAGGCUGCUGAAGAAUCAAUGGGGGCCUUCUGGGGUUCUCUCAUUUCAUUCAAAAUACAGAGUACAAGGUUGUUUUGUGUAUAAUCAAAAUAGCAGAGGUUAGAACUAUACUGGUGGGAAUGCGAGAGUUGUUAUACUGUUAAAGAUCAUUUGAUUCAUUGAUUCUUUUUUUCAACGAUUAUUGCCAAAUGGAGCAUGUUUCCAAUUUUGGAUUGAACAGUUGUUUGUGUUGAUAAUACAUAGGAAUCUAGCUUCAUACCUUCA